GUGAUGCCCAGUUUAAUGAGGCUAUGGGCUACCCCAUGGUUCAGCAGUGGAGAGUGAGGAGCAACCUGUACAAGGUCAAGCUCAGCGCCAUCACCUUGUCUACAGGUAUGGAGUGUCAAUUUACUGUCAUAUGUUUCCUGGUGAAACUAUUUUACAUGCUUACCACUACUAAACUAUAUCAUACCGUACUGAAAACACAUAUAGUAAAGUAUAUAGCAGUUACAAAACCAAUGUUUCGCUUCAGCUAGAACUACAACUCAAUUGGUUCCACAUUAUUUCCCCUCCACACGUCCAUGGUUCCCAGGCUUCUCCAAGGUUCUGAAGACACUGACUGCAGAGAGCACCAGAGAGGAGUUGCUGUCCUUCAUCCAGCAGUACGGCAGCCAUUACAUGUCUGAGGCCCUGUACGGCUCCGAGCUCAGCUGCACCAUCUACUUUCCCAGCAAGAAGGCCCAGCAGCAGCUCUGGCUGCAGUACCAGAAAGGUGAGCAGGGAAAGGGGGAAGCUGCAUGUAAUGCAGGUGUCCCGUCAGUCAUCAGUUUAGACCCAGGGAUCCAGGUGAGUGGACUAUCAAUAGACUUAAUUGGUCAAUUAAAUCCCAGACAAAAGAGCAAAAGUGGGGCUUAUUCAAUAUGGUGCAACAUUCAGGACUCC